UGCAGAUUUUUUUAGUGUUGCAAUGGAACCGAGCUGGAGUACAUUCUUAUUUCAGCAGGCAAAUGAAGCCCUUCAUCACCAACACCAGGUGGCCCAGAACAGCCUGCUGCCGCUGCUCAACUCCGGGGCCGAGCCGCAGGACCAGAAGCCCGUGCUGCCCAUCCCACUGGACCAGAAACCUCCGGUCAGCGCCGCCGAGCUCCUGAAGGACAAUGUAGCCAGCGGGACGGGGGGAGGCGGAGGCGGCGGGGGUAACGGAGGCGGCGGAGGUCUGAUGCCCGUGGUGAAGAAAGAACACAAGAGCAAAACGCCGUUUAUCUGCGGCUACUGUAACAAGGCCUUCAGGGACAGCUACCACCUGCGGCGCCACGAGUCCUGCCACACCGGCGUCAAGAUGGUGUCGCGGCCCAAGAAGACGGCGCAGACGGCGCCCACCAUGGUGCCCCUCAUCUCCACCAUGCCGCGCGAGAACAGCGGCAACCCGUCUUACAUCUCCACCAUCGCCGGCAUCCUCACCACGGCAACCACGUCCGUCUCCACGGGCUCCGGCGUCAUGUCCCCGGCCUCCAUGGGCAACGUGCCCCAGCAGAGCGCCCCCAAAAAACCAGCCAAGCCAGUCAAAAAGAACCACGGCUGCGAGAUGUGCGGCAAGGCCUUCCGCGACGUCUACCACCUGAACCGCCACAAGCUCUCGCACUCGGACGAGAAGCCCUUCGAAUGCCCCAUCUGCCAGCAGCGCUUCAAACGGAAGGACCGCAUGACGUACCACGUGCGCUCGCACGACGGCGGAGUUCACAAACCCUAUGUCUGCUCCGUCUGUGGGAAGGGCUUCUCCAGGCCUGAUCAUCUCAGCUGCCACGUGAAGCACGUUCACUCGUCUGAGAGACCCUUCAAAUGCCAAGUCACGGCAUGCACCUCUGCCUUCGCCACCAAAGACAGACUGCGCUCUCACAUGAUCAGACACGAGGGGAAGGUCACCUGUAACAUCUGUGGAAAGAUGCUAAGUGCCGCCUACAUCACCAGCCACCUGAAGACGCACGGUCAGACCAACUUCAACAACUCCUGUAACAAAGGGGACUGGCAGUGGAACUCCCCUGACCCAAGAAAAGACAACAACGAAGUCUGCAACUCCGCCUCGGCCACGCCGGUCACCGCCUCGGCGCCCAUCACCACGGCGAUGAACCGCGGCAACAGCAGCAACCCCGUCACCAUCGCCGCCCAGAUGAACAUCACCACUAACACGGUCAACAUCACCUCCCCCGUCAGCCUGCAGCAUCCGGUCACCAUCACCGGACCCGUCAACAUCGCCUCGGUCAACAUCCCCGCCACCGCGCCGAUGAACAUCGCCCACCCGGUGGCCAUCACCACGCCCAUGCCCAUGAACAUCGCCGGACCCCUCAACAUCGCCAUGAGACCUAUGGAGAGUAUGCCCUUUCUCUCUCAGGUCCUGCCCUCUUCCCCCCCCUGGUAGAACCAAGACAACCCUCCUCUAACCCCUUACCUUAACCCCAUGCCCUCCUUAUCCUCAACCACACCCCCCCCCCAGCCACACCCCUUUUAGCCCCACCCACCCACGCAC